UUGAAGGCACGCCGUUUUUUAAUAUUUUAACCAGUGCCUUGCGACUUACAAUUAAUUAGAACACUACAACUAAUAUCAUUAGUUCAACUACUCUUCUGUUUAAUUUGAAGCAUCAUUCAAAACAGAUAUAGCUGCAGCUAUGUGGAGUUCUAAAAAUAUUGUGGUUUUCGUUUUGCUGGGAUAUGGAUCGAUUGCAUAUGGCCAAACAAUUGACUGUCAAAAACCGCCGCCAUUAUUGGAUCCUGCUCUUUGCUGCCGGGAUGGAGGACGCGAUCAAAUUGCUGAAAAAUGUACAGAGAAAGUUGUAGGUACAGCAAAUGGUCAACAAAAUAAUGGACCGCCUACCUUGGAUACGGCAACGUGCCUGGCUGAUUGCAUUCUCACAACAUCCCAAUACAAACGAGAGCCGAAAUCUCUCAACUUGGAGCACAUACGCAACGAUCUAACUGCCAAAUUCCCAAAUGAUACGCUUUAUGUGGAGGCUAUGACUGCUGCGUUUACCAAAUGUGAGCCAGAAGCUCAGCGUAGAUUGGCAGCCAUUCAACAAUUUAAUCCAAAGCAACCAAAAUGCAGUCCAUUUUCAGCCAUUGUGCUUGGCUGCACCUAUAUGGAAUAUUUUAAAAAUUGUCCCUCGCAUCGCUGGACACAAAGCCCACAGUGUGUAAUGGCCAAGACAUUUGUCACUCAAUGCAUAAUUCAAAAUAAUUAAUAAUA